AUGAAGAUUACAGGGAAGGUAUUCACGUUUGGUUUGAUAGCAUUCUGGUAUGCUUCAAACAUUGGAGUGUUGUUGCUGAACAAGUACCUGUUAAGCAACUAUGGAUUCAGGUACCCAAUCUUUCUCACACUGUGUCACAUGAUGGCGUGUUCAAUCCUUAGCUACGUGGCGAUUUCAUGGAUGAAGAUGGUGCCAAUGCAAACGAUUAGGUCAAGGGUGCAGUUCAUGAAGAUAUCUUCCUUGGGACUCAUAUUUUGUUUGUCUGUUGUUGGAGGGAACAUAUCUCUUCGCUACCUUCCUGUUUCCUUCAACCAGGCCGUCGGCGCAACCACGCCGUUCUUUACGGCGGUUUUCGCCUAUUUUAUGACUCUCCGGCGGGAGGGUUGGAUCACCUACAUCACUCUUGUUCCUGUCGUUACUGGUGUUAUGAUUGCUAGUGGGGGAGAACCAAGUUUUCAUCUCUUUGGAUUCAUAAUGUGCAUCAGUGCCACAGCGGCAAGGGCACUCAAAACAGUUCUUCAAGGAAUCUUGUUGACUUCAGAUGGCGAAAAGCUUAAUUCGAUGAACCUUCUUAUGUACAUGGCACCGGUGGCUGUGGCGUUCCUUCUUCCAGCUUCAAUUAUAAUGGAGGAUGAUGUAGUUGGAAUUACAAUUUCACUUGCCAGAGAAGAUCCAAGUAUUCUGUGGUUACUUAUCUUCAAUUCAGCAUUGGCAUAUUUUGUCAAUCUGACCAAUUUCUUGGUCACAAAGCACACAAGUGCCUUGACACUUCAGGUCCUAGGAAAUGCAAAAGGUGCUGUGGCAGUUGUGAUCUCCAUUUUGAUAUUCCGAAACCCUGUAUCAGUUACAGGAAUGCUUGGAUAUUCUCUAACAGUUUUUGGUGUCAUCCUAUAUAGUGAAGCCAAGAAACGGAGUAAAUGA